UUUUAUCCAAACAAACUAAAAGAAAAACAUCACACAAAAAAGUGAUACACAAAAGUUUGUUUCAUAUGCAGCUUAAUUUAAUUAUUUCAGUUACUUGGUGGUGAUUUAGAUAUUUGUAGAGGUAGAAUGGCUUAUGCUAGAAGAGGGUCGGAGCAGCCGCCUGCUAGGCAGCUGCUGCGGACUCAAACGGCCGGUAAUUUGGGCGGGGAGGCGAUGAUGGAUAGUGAAGUGGUGCCGUCAUCACUUGUGGAAAUUGCGCCGAUUCUUCGUGUCGCUAAUGAAGUUGAACCAAGUAACCCAAGGGUUGCUUAUCUAUGCCGGUUCUACGCCUUUGAGAAGGCUCACAGGUUAGAUCCAACAUCAAGUGGUCGUGGUGUUCGUCAGUUCAAGACUGCUCUACUUCAACGCCUAGAAAGGGAAGACGCAACAACAUUAGCAGGACGAACAAAGAGUGAUGCUCGUGAAAUGCAAAGCUUUUAUCGGCAUUAUUAUGGGAAGUACAUUCAGGCGUUGCAAAAUGCUGAUAAAGCUGACCGCACCCGUCUUACAAAAGCUUAUCAAACUGCUGCUGUUCUGUUUGAGGUAUUAAAGGCUGUAAAUCUCACUGAAUCUGUGGAUGUUGCAGAAGAAAUCAUUGAAACACAGAAAAAGGUUGCUGAGAAGACAGAAAUGUAUGCUCCUUAUAAUAUACUUCCACUUGAUCCGGACAGUAAAAAUCAAGCAAUUAUGAGAUAUCCAGAGAUACAAGCUUCUGUCUCUGCUCUUCGUAACACCAGAGGUUUGCCGUGGCCCAAAGGCUACAAGAAAAAAGAUGAUGAAGAUAUUUUGGAUUGGCUGCAAGCUAUGUUUGGCUUUCAGAAAGAUAGUGUCUCAAAUCAAAGGGAGCACUUAAUUUUGUUAUUGGCAAAUAUUCAUAUUCGACAAAAUCCAAAGCUUGGCCAACAAGCUAAGUUGGAUGAUGCUGCAGUGAAUGAAGUUAUGAAUAAACUGUUUAAAAAUUAUCAGAAGUGGUGCGAAUAUUUAGGUCGCAAGCAUAGUCUUUGGUUCCCCAAUAUUCAAAAAGAAGUGCAACAAAGAAAACUUUUAUACAUGGGUCUGUAUCUUCUCAUAUGGGGGGAAGCUGCAAACUUGAGAUUUAUGCCAGAAUGCCUAUGCUACAUUUAUCACCAUAUGGCAUUUGAACUUUAUGGUAUGCUGGCUGGAAGUGUAAGCUCUGUGACUGGUGAGAAUAUCAAGCCUGCCUAUGGGGGUGAAAAGGAGGCAUUCUUGAGAAAAGUUGUGACUCCUAUCUACGAUACAGUUGCAAAGGAAGCUCAUAAAAGCAAAGGGGGGAAGACAAAACAUUCUCAAUGGAGAAAUUAUGAUGAUCUGAAUGAGUAUUUUUGGUCAGUCGACUGUUUUCGUAUUGGAUGGCCAAUGCGCGCUGAUGCCGAUUUUUUUCACGUUCCUGAAGUAAUUAAAGAAAACGAUGUGGAAAAACCUGCUAGUAAGGGUCGUUGGGUAGGGAAGAUCAAUUUUGUUGAGAUAGAUUCAUACUGGCAUAUCUUUAGAAGUUUUGAUAGGAUGUGGAGCUUUUUCAUAUUAUGUUUACAGGCAAUGAUAAUUAUAGCAUGGAAUGGGUCUGGUAAUCUAAGUUCUAUAUUUGACGGGAAAGUGUUCAAGAAAGUGUUGAGCAUCUUCAUAACAGCUGCAAUUUUGAAACUUGCACAAGCUGUGAUUGAUCUUGUAAUGAUGUGGAAAGCAAGGUACAGCAUGUCAUUUCAUGUGAAGCUCCGAUAUGUUCUGAAGACUGUUUCUGCAGCUGCCUGGGUUAUAGUUCUACCAAUAACAUAUACUUAUAGUCUGAACAAUCCGUCUGGAUUUGGAGAGACCAUGAAGAACUGGUUUGGCAAUGGACCAAGUUCCUCUUCUUUGUUCAUUUUGGCAAUUGUUGUCUAUUUGUCUCCAAACAUGCUUUCUUCAUUAUUGUUCCUCUUCCCAUUUGUCCGUCGGUAUCUAGAAAGAUCAGAUUACCGAAUUGUGAGGCUCAUCAUGUGGUGGUCUCAGCUUCCACUAUAUGUCGGAAGGGGAAUGCAUGAGGAUCCUCUUUCUUUAAUCAAGUACACAUUCUUUUGGGUUGCCCUUCUAGUGGCAAAGUUAGCUUUCAGUUACUACUUAGAGAUAAAGCCACUAGUGGGUCCAACAAAAGCAAUUAUGCGAGUUUCAGUAAGACGUUAUCAAUGGCAUGAGUUCUUCCCCCAAGCUAGCAACAACAUGGGUGUUGUCAUAGCACUCUGGGCUCCUAUUAUUCUUGUCUAUUUUAUGGACACCCAAAUUUGGUAUGCCAUCUUUUCUACAAUAUUUGGUGGUUUCUAUGGUGCUUUUCGUCGUCUUGGAGAGAUACGGACUCUGGGCAUGUUGAGAAGCCGGUUUGAGCAAUUGCCAAUUGCUUUUAAGGGUUGCUUAAUUCCAGCAGAGAGAAGUGAAAAGACUAAAAAGGGACUCAAGGCUACUCUAUCACGUAGAUUCACUAAGGUCACAUCUAACAAAGAGGAUGCAGCAAGGUUUGCUCAAAUGUGGAAUGAAAUAAUUAGAAGUUUCAGGGAAGAGGAUUUGAUAAAUAAUAGGGAAAUGGACCUUUUACUCAUGCCAUACUGGGCAGAUCUUGGUUUGGAUCUUAUUCAGUGGCCUCCCUUUUUACUUGCUAGCAAGCUUCCUAUAGCAUUGGAUAUGGCAAAAGAUAGUAAUGGAAGGGACUCCGAACUGCAAAAGAGGAUGGAUUCAGACCGUUACAUGGUCUAUGCAAUUCGCGAGUGCUAUGCUUCAUGCCAAAAUAUUAUGAAUUUCCUGGUUAAUGGAGAUCGUGAGAAGACUGUCCUGAACGAGAUAUUUUCCAUCGUUGAUGACCAUAUAGAGAAGGGAGACGUGUUAAGCGAGUUUGAUAUGCAUGAAUUGCCUAGCCUCACUGAACAGUUCGUUAAGCUUAUUGAGUUUCUGAUAAAAAAUGAAAAAAGUGACAAGGAUGAAGUUGUCAUUGUGUUACUUAACAUGUUGGAGGUGGUGACAAGAGAUAUAAUAGUGAACGAGUCGAUUUCUAGUUUGAUGGAAUCAACCCUUGGUGGUUCUUUUGGAAAUAGUGAAGUUGCACAAGAUAAGCAAUAUCAGAAAUUCUUUGAAAAUCUUAAUUUUCCUGUUACAAGAGAAACUGAAGCAUGGAAAGAGAAAAUAAGAAGGCUACAUCUCUUGCUUACUGAAAAGGAAUCUGCUAUGGAUGUGCCAUCAAACAUAGAAGCCAGAAGGCGUAUCUCUUUCUUCUCAAAUUCGUUGUUUAUGGAUAUGCCUGAAGCACCCAAAGUUCGAAACAUGAUAUCUUUUUCGAUUCUAACUCCUUACUUCAAUGAGGAUGUCCUUUUCUCCGUGGAUACCCUAGAAAAGCCGAAUGAAGAUGGGGUUUCUAUCCUAUUCUAUUUGCAGAAAAUUUUCCCAGACGAAUGGGAUAAUUUCCUUCAACGGGUGAACUGUAAAAAUGAAGAUGAAAUGAAAGCUCUUCCUGAUACGGAAGAACAACUUCGCCAUUGGGCAUCAUAUAGAGGUCAAACGCUAACUAAAACUGUACGAGGUAUGAUGUAUAAUCGGCAAGCAUUGGAACUUCAAGCUUUCCUUGACAUGGCAAAAGAUGAUGAGUUGAUGAAAGGCUACAAGGCUGCAUCAUCUAAUACUGAAGAAUAUUUAAGCAAUGAAAGAUCAUUAUUGACACAGUGUCAAGCCGUGGUGGAUAUGAAGUUCUCAUAUGUGGUAUCUUGCCAACAGUAUGGUAUCCAAAAAAGACGUGCUGAUGCUCGUGCCCAUGACAUAUUAAAGCUCAUGACAACGUAUCCAUCUCUUCGUGUCGCCUAUAUUGAUGAGGUUGAAGAAACCAGUGAUGAAAAAUUGAGAAAAGUUGUUGACAAAGUUUCUUAUUAUUCAGUUCUUGUGAAAGCUGUGCCAAAAUCUGGUGACUCAUCUGACCCAGUUCAAAACCAAGAUCAGGUUAUAUAUCGUAUAAAACUUCCAGGACCUGCCAUAUUGGGGGAGGGAAAGCCAGAAAACCAGAACCAUGCUAUAAUUUUUACACGUGGAGAGGGACUGCAAACGAUAGACAUGAAUCAGGAUAACUACAUGGAAGAAGCCUUUAAAAUGAGAAAUUUACUUCAAGAGUUUCUUGUUACGCAUGGUGUAAGGACCCCGACCAUACUUGGACUUAGGGAGCAUAUAUUCACUGGCAGUGUUUCCUCUCUUGCAUGGUUCAUGUCAAAUCAGGAGACAAGUUUUGUUACUAUUGGUCAAAGAUUGUUGGCCAACCCAUUAAAAGUGCGAUUUCAUUAUGGGCAUCCAGAUGUUUUUGAAAGACUGUUUCACUUGACCAGAGGUGGUGUGAGCAAGGCUUCUAAAAUCGUUAACCUGAGUGAGGAUAUUUUUGCAGGUUUCAAUUCUACAUUACGUGGAGGAAAUGUAACUCAUCAUGAAUACAUACAAGUUGGUAAAGGCAGAGACGUCGGUCUUAACCAAAUCUCGUUAUUUGAGGCAAAGAUAGCUAACGGAAAUGGGGAGCAGACAAUGAGUCGUGAUAUAUAUAGGCUGGGACAUCGUUUUGAUUUCUUUCGCAUGAUGUCAUGCUAUUUCACCACUGUGGGAUUCUAUUUCAAUACACUGCUCACAGUACUUAUUGUAUAUGUCUUUCUUUAUGGACGUCUCUACCUUGUUCUGAGUGGACUUGAGAGAGAGUUGACUACUAAUAGGGCGGUGGUGAACGAUAAACCCCUUCAAGUAGCUCUUGCCUCUCAAUCUUUUGUUCAAAUUGGCUUUCUUAUGGCACUGCCAAUGAUGAUGGAAAUAGGUCUCGAAAGAGGGUUCAAUAGAGCAUUUACCGAUUUUGUUUUGAUGCAACUACAAUUAGCUUCUGUAUUUUUUACAUUUUCACUCGGAACAAAAACCCAUUACUAUGGACGGACUUUGCUUCAUGGAGGUGCUCAGUACAGAGCUACAGGUCGUGGAUUUGUCGUGUUCCAUGCCAAGUUUGCUGAGAAUUAUAGACUUUACUCUCGGAGCCACUUUGUCAAGGGAAUUGAGCUUCUGAUCUUACUUGUUGUAUAUGAAAUUUUUGGCCAGUCUUAUAGAGGUUCAGUUGCAUACAUAUUGAUUACAAUUUCAAUGUGGUUUAUGGUGGGAUCAUGGCUCUUUGCCCCGUUUCUUUUUAAUCCCUCGGGGUUCGAAUGGCAAAAGAUUGUUGAUGAUUGGACAGAUUGGAGCAAGUGGAUAAGCAAUCGUGGAGGAAUUGGUGUUUCCGUUGAUAAAAGUUGGGAAUCAUGGUGGGAAAAAGAACAAGAGCAUCUUAUAUCUUCUGGGGUACGGGGUACCAUUACAGAGAUUGUUUUGGCGCUUAGGUUCUUCAUUUAUCAGUUUGGACUUGUGUAUCACCUCAGCUUAACAGAGAGCAAAAGUUUUUUGGUCUAUGGAAUUUCAUGGAUUGUGUUAAUUGGGGCACUAUUUUUAAUGAAGGUCAUGUCAUAUUGGAGAAAAACUCUUAGUGCCGACUAUCAACUUCUGUUCCGUUUGAUAAAUGGUUUUAUCGUCCUUGCGUUUGCUGCUACUCUGAUUACUUUGAUUGCAUUACCUCAUAUGACUAUAAAGGAUAUAGUAAUAUGCAUCCUAGCAUUUCUGCCUACGGGAUGGGGGCUGCUUUUGAUUGCACAAGCCUUGAGGCCAGUUCUGAGACGAUCUGGAAUGUGGUCAUCGAUCAGAACCCUAGCACAAUACUAUGAAAUAAUCAUGGGUUUACUUCUAUUCACUCCGGUCGCUUUUCUAGCUUGGUUCCCAUUCGUCUCAGAGUUCCAAACACGUAUGCUAUUUAACCAAGCCUUCAGUAGAGGUCUACAGAUUUCUCGUAUUCUUGGUGGUGGACAGAAGAAAGACAAAUCCUCCAACAGUUAAGAUAGAUCUCAUACUUUCACUACCACGGGAACAAUGUAAAUACAUAUUUGUUCUAUUCACAAAACAUACAUGUAUGUAAAAUACACCAGCGCCACGUGGAUUGUGGUGAUGGGGUAUUUUGAGAGAGAUCUCAUACUUUCACGCAAGUGCUAAUAUGUAAAUGAUGCAUGCGUUUCUUGA